AUCUCUUUCCCCUCCGCCCGUCCGCGACCCCCCCGUCGACCGUCCGCACGACCCGAUAUGUCAGCCAUCCCGACCGACGAAAUCGACGCUUCCCUGGAUAUCCAGCAGCAGCAGAACAUCCAGCAAGUCCAGUCCCAGCAAUCUUCUGGCACUCCCUCUGACACUCCUAGAAAACCCAAGGCACCUUCUGUACGACGAGCAUGUGUUGCGUGCCACACUGGGAAGACUAGAUGCAGCGAAGUAUUGCCUUGCCAGUCUUGUUUGAAGCGCGGUCUUGGAGCAUCGUGUGCAUAUCCUGAUCCUGAUGCACAGGACCACAGCCACCCUCCCCCGGCGACCACGCCUGCCUUUAAUGCUCCGCCGCCCAUCUAUGCUCCGACGCCCAACCUCAACCACACCCAGUACUACGACUACAACGGCGCUUUCACUGGUGCAUCUUCCUCCACGUUCCGUCCAUCAAAGCGCCCUCGCAACCUUACGGAAGAGGAGGCUGCAGCCAUCACUCGCAAUUUUAGCAGAGGCGACUUUUACGUCGGAAGCAGCGCUCCAGUCAGGAUCGACCCUCGUUUGCCUGUAAGACUGACUCUGGGCGAGGGUGACCAUGUCCAUUUUACGGUUGGGGAGGCGUUGGUGUAAUUGCGGUCGUCUCAGCACCAUGCGCAAUGUAUUUGUACAUGCGGUUCCGUCGUUAGGUUUGAGAAUAACAUGGUUCACGUCCCAGAAAGAGGUUCCGCCGGUGCCAGGCCGUGGCCGCUCUACGCUGGCGGUCGGCUAGUUUUAUUGCAAUGGUAUUUCAAACGGCCGAGUCCCGGUUACCAACAUAGAUCUUCCACAACUUGCCCAGCUUCCGUCCAGUCAGCUCCUUGAAUAUCUGUUCGUCCCACUCACGG